AUGUUCGUCGUGCAGAGCAAUCUUGCGAACACCUAUGAAAGGCUAGGACGGGAUGAUCAGGCCUUAGAUUUGCGACGAGACGUAUACUCCGGACGUUUGAGGCUCCUCGGCGAAGAGCAUAAAUCAACCCUCCUUUCAGCCAACAACUACGCGUUUGGACUUGUCUUCCUCGAGCGCUUCGAGGAAGCCAAGUCUUUGAUGCGCAAGACAAUACCCGUUGCGCUACGCGUCCUCAAAGAUGAUGAUGAUCUCACGCUUAUGAUGAGGUCGAAUUACGCGGAGGCGCUCUACAAAGCCGACGACGCCACGCUCGAUGAUCUCCGCGAGGCCGUAACGACGCUAGAGGACACGGAACGGAUUGCGCGGCGCGUGCUCGGCGGCGCGCAUCCAACCGCAGUGGAUAUUGAUCGCACCUUGAAACACGCGCGGGCCGCGCUCCGCGCCCGCGAAGACACGCCAUCAGGUGCGUAA